AUGGAGAAUUUAAUGCUAGCAAUUUCACCAUGUUUAAUUGCCCUUAUAGUUUGUGCAUGGAGGGCCCUGAACUCUUUAUGGUUGAGGCCCAAAAAGCUAGAGAAGUGCCUUAGAGCACAGGGUCUUUCCGGGAAUUCAUACACACCAGUCUAUGGAGAUUUUAAAGAAAUGGUUUCGAUGAUUGAAGAAGCUUAUUCCAAGCCAAUCAAUCUUUCUGAUGAUCUUGUACCCCGAGUUAUACCGAUGGUCACCAAAACCAUCAAGAAAUAUGGUAGCAAUUCCUUCAUAUGGCUUGGCCCAUAUCCUGCAGUCAUCAUCCUAGAUUCUGAAUCUAUGAGGGAGAUCAUGGUGAACUAUAAUCUCUUCCAGAAGCCUCACUUUCACCCGCUUGGCAAAUAUCUGAUACAAGGUCUAGUAGCAUCUGAGGGCAAGAAAUGGGCAAAACAUCGAAAGAUAAUCAAUCCUGCUUUCCAUCUAGAGAAGCUCAAGCUGAUGCUACCAGCUUUUCAUUUAUGUGCCACCGAAAUGUUGAGCAAAUGGGAGGAAAGUGUUUCACCAGAAGGAACCUGUGAAUUGGAUGUUUGGCCACACCUGCAGACUUUAACCAGCGAUGCAAUUUCUCGUACAGCAUUUGGUGGUAAUUAUGAGGAAGGAAGAAAGAUCUUUAAGCUUCAAAAAGAACAGGCAGAGCAGGUUAUGACAGCUGUAAAAUCAUUCUAUUUUCCAGGAUCAAGGUUUUUGCCAACUGAGAGGAACAGAAGGAUAAAGGAACUUCAUAAAAAAGUUGGAGCUGCAGUAAGAGAAGUUAUUGAUGAAAGAUUAGAAGCAAUGAAAGCAGGGGAAUCAAGUGAUAACGACUUACUGAGCAUACUAUUGGAGUCUAAUCUUAAAGAGAUUGAACAAAAGGGGGAUAAAAGUUUUGGUUUGAGCAUCAAUGAUGUCAUUGAAGAGUGCAAACUAUUCUAUUUUGCCGGGCAGGAGACAACCUCAUCAUUGCUUGUAUGGACAUUGGUUUUACUGAGCAGGCAUCAGGAGUGGCAAUCCCGAGCUAGGGAAGAGGUUUUGCAAGUUUUUGGGAGAGAUGAGCCAAAUUUCAAUGGCCUCAAUCACCUCAAAGUUGUGACAAUGAUCUUGAACGAAGUUUUAAGACUAUACACUCCACUGCCUGUAAUUGAUCGAACAGUUCAGGAGGAAACUAAAGUAGGAAAAUAUACUUUCCCAUCUGGGGUGCGGCUCAUGUUGCCAAUACUCUUACUGCAUUAUGAUGUCAAAAUAUGGGGUGACGAUUCGGAAAAGUUCAAUCCAGACAGAUUUAGUGAAGGAGUAUCAAAUGCGACAAAAGGCCAAGCUUCAUUCUUCCCCUUCGGUUGGGGACCUCGAAUAUGUAUUGGACAAACCUUUGCUAUGAUUGAAGCAAAAUUGGCUAUGGCAAUGAUUCUCCAGCACUUCUCCUUUGAACUUUCUCCAUCUUAUACUCAUGCUCCUUACACCAUAGUUACAAUUCAACCUCAGCAUGGUGCUCACUUGAUUCUACGCAAAUUAUAGCAUGAAGAACUUGUCAAUCCAUACUUGAUUGAUUUUUAUGAGUAACAAUAUGCAAUUGCUCUAUCUUUUUUUCCCAAUCCAUACUUCAUUAUCAAUCCUUAUGCCAAUUGUAAC